AAUGUGACAUGCUCUUUCCUCUGGCUGAUAUUUACUUAACAGUCGCUGCCUACCUAACUCUACUGAUACUUUCCAAUCUACCUUUUACUUUAACAUUUCACUUCCUUCGUUUCACCAUUGAACAAACUUUCAUACUGCAUCAACUUUCUUUUGUUUAGCACUUCGUCAAUCUUUCGCGACGCAAAAUGUCGUACCUUCGUGGUAAAACCCUUUCUACUAAACCUCUUUCUACCAAGACUUCUUCUUCCUCCUCCUCUUCUUCUGUUCCUUGCACCUUGGACAAGGAGGUCACCCUACCAUCUGAUGCUGAAGACACCAUUUCGUCCGUCUCAUGGUCGCCUACUAGUCACCACCUAGCAGCCGCAUCGUGGGAUGGAAACGUGCGCGUCUACAACGUCAGCCCCACCGGAGUCGCACGAGGAGUCGCGCUCCUCGCCGCAGGUGGCCCUAUUCUCGACUGCGAUUGGGCCAAGGAUGGUUCAACGGUCGCCGCAGGAGGCGCCGACAAGACAGUUCAUCUCCUGAACAUGAGCACAAACCAACAAGCUACUCUUGGCAAUCACGAAGCCCCCAUUCGCAGCGUGCGCUUCGUCGAUGUCCCGGAAUGCAAUGAGCCUAUUGUUGCGACCGGAUCCUGGGACAAAACAGUCAAGUAUUGGGAUCUUCGACAGCAAGAUCCGCUCGGUACCAUCACCUGUAACGAGCGUGUUUAUUCGAUGGAUUCAAAGGCCCACGUUUUGGUCGUUGCGAAUGCCGCGCGCCAAGUUCAUAUCUUCGACCUCAAGAACCCGGGAGUUAUCUACAGAACAAUCGAAUCGCCGCUCAAGUACCAGACUAAGGUCGUCGCCGCGUUCCCCGACGGCAAGGGCUUCGGUAUAGCCAGCAUCGAAGGACGAUGCGCGAUGAACGCCGUGGAAGACAAGGAUGAGACUUCGAUCAACUUCACAUUCCGAUGCCAUCGAGAGACCGAGGGCAAAGUGGAAAAGGUCUACAGCGUCAACGACAUGUCGUUCCACCCCAUCACGCAUUCGGUGUUCUCGACCGGCGGGUCGGACGGCGUCUUCCAGUUCUGGGACCGCGUCACCCACACGAAGUUUAGGCACUACCAGAAGGCUGAUGAGGCAAUCACGGCCACGGCUUUCAACCGCGACGGAAGCUUCCUCGCCUACGCCAUCGGCUACGACUGGAGCCGUGGCUGCGCGGCGAACACCCAGAAGACCGAGACUAAGCUCAUGCUGCACCCUGUCGAUGAGGAGGAUUUGAAGAAGAAGGCAUAGGGAUGUGCUAGGGAUGUGUUUGGGUCUUGCGUGUAUAUCCAGGGCUACGGGUUCUAGGAUUGGGAUGGUCUGGAAUAACAAAUGGCAAUCUUGUAUUCCACGGAGGUUUCUUUUGUCAGGGGCUUGGUACUUGUAUCACUGGAGAGGAUGUCACGCUGGUUCUUCAUAUUUGCAAGGGAGAGGGCGCGAUUUGUGUUCAGCUGUCAAGUUUAAUCGUUUGGCAGGAGACACGUUUACGUGCUGCUGAGAUGGAUAAACGAGGAAGAAGCCCAUAUUAUGACUGAUGGGCCUAACUGACUUGGUGUACUUUCAAUAAUAGUGCAGCAACCCAAUACUUGGGCUGUGACAAGUCUUGGUUUCUAAUGAAGACUCUUCUCUAA